CGCCCCCCGGCCGUCCCCCCAGACAUGCCCCGCCGUGGCGGCCCGGCUCGCCGAGGAUCAUGACUGCGGCAGCGAACUGGGUGGCGAACGGGGCCAGCCUGGAGGACUGUCACUCCAACCUCUUCUCGCUGGCCGAACUCACGGGCAUCAAAUGGCGUAGGUACAACUUUGAAGGCCAUGGCGACUGUGGGCCCAUCAUUUCAGCUCCAGCCCAGGAUGAUCCCAUCCUGCUCAGCUUCAUCCGCUGCCUGCAGGCCAACCUGCUGUGUGUGUGGCGCCGGGACGUCAAACCCGACUGCAAGGAGCUCUGGAUAUUCUGGUGGGGGGAUGAGCCCAACCUGGUCGAUGUCAUCCACCGCGAGCUGCACAUGGUGGAAGAAGGAUUCUGGGAGAAUGGACUUUCCUAUGAGUGUAGGACCCUGCUCUUCAAAGCAAUUCAUAAUCUUCUGGAAAGAUGCCUGAUGGAUAAAAACUUUGUAAGAAUUGGGAAAUGGUUCAUACGGCCCUAUGACAAGGAUGAGAAGCCAGUUAAUAAAAGCGAGCACUUGUCGUGUGCCUUCACGUUCUUCCUGCACGGGGAGAGCAACGUGUGCACGAGCGUGGAGAUCGCCCAGCACCAGCCCAUCUACCUGAUCACCGAGGAGCACAUCCAGAUGGCCCAGUCCUCCCCCUCGCCCUUCCAAGUGCUGGUGAGUCCUUACGGCUUGAACGGGACCCUGACGGGCCAGUCCUACAAGAUGUCAGACCCUGCCACUCGGAAGCUGAUGGAGGAGUGGCAGUACUUCUACCCCAUGGUGCUGAAGAAAAAGGAAGGCAUGAAAGAGGAGGAAGAGCUGGGAUAUGACAAUGAUUUCCCUGUGGCAGUUGAAGUCAUUGUUGGGGGUGUGAGGAUGGUGUAUCCUUCAGCCUUUGUUCUCAUCUCCCAGAGUGACAUCCCAGUGUCACAGAGCUCUGCCAGUGCUGCAGGCCAUAUAAAUGUGGGACAGCAGGGGCUUGGAAGCGUGAAGGAUCCUGUCAGUACCUGUGGGAUGCCCCUGACUCCCCCCACCUCUCCAGAGCAGGCUGUUAUGGGAGAUAGUGGCUGCUCUCAGAGCAGCAUCAGCCAUCCAGCUGUGCAGGAGGGGACGGUCAGUGUCCACAGUCCAAAGAAAUCAAGCAAGAUUACUCCGAAAUUUCACAGCCGUAUUGUUCACCGUGUGUGGAAGGAAUGCAUCCUCAACAGGGCACAGUCCAAGAGGAAUCAAAUUACAACUGCAAAUUUGGAGGAGGAAGUUCCUAACAAUAGUGUUUCAUGGGAUUUUGUGGAUCCAGUCCAAAGAGUCAGUUGUUCUUGUUCCAGGCACAAGGUGUUCAAGCAGCGCUGCGCCGGUGCCUCGGGCCGGCCCCCCACGCUGCCCCAGCCCGGCUUUGCCGUGGGGACGGCGGCGGCCUCGGCGCUGCCCGCUCCUGCCUCCUCAAAGCACAAAACCACCGAGCGGCAGGACAAGGGAGAGAAGCUGCAAAAGAGGCCCCUGAUGCCAUUCCACCAUCGGCCCUCGGUGACCGAAGAGCUGUGCGUGGGCUCGGAUGCAGCUGGGCAGAAGCUGGGGCUGGCUGGGAUGGAGUCCUCGCUGGAAGUCCCCAAUUCCAGGAAAUAUGAGAAGCCGCUCUCGCUACCUGCAAGAAAUGCAAGCAAGCAAAUUAAUAUGAAUCCUAUGGAUUCACCCCAUUCCCCCACUUCCCCUCUGCCUCCCACCCUGAGCCCCCAGCCCAGAGGUCAGGAGGCAGAGAACCUGGACCCCCCUUCCGUUCCUGUGAACCCAGCACUCUACGGCAGCGGGCUGGAGCUGCAGCCACUGCCCAGCUUAGAUGACAGGACAGUCCUGGUGGGACAGAGGUUACCUCUGAUGGCAGAGGUCAGUGAGACAGCCUUGUACUGUGGCAUAACUCAGAGCAACGAGGCCGUGGAUGUGUGGAGGACCUAUAGUGUUCCUUCGAGUGACGACCCCGAGUUCCGGCCGCCGGAGCUGCCGUGUGAGAGGUAUGAUGGCAGGAUGGAGAUCAACCCUGACAGCACUGCACUGAAAAGGCUCUUAGCACAACCUAAUAAACGGUUUAAAAUUUUGGAAGAGCAGAAACCACUGCAGGCUCUGAACUACCUUGACCCCUUGCCUCUACUACAACCCCCUGGAGAAGGCUGGGGAGACACCAGUGAUCCUUACACCUUCGAAGAUGGAGACAUCAAGUACAGUUUCACUGUCAAUAAAAAAUGCAAACUUGGGGCUGAGAAAGAUCCUUUGAAAAAGAACAAGUCAGAAGAUGGGAUUGGUUCCAAGGAAAUCCCCCCAACGGGCCAUUCCACACCAGUUCCUGAUGGAAAAGAUGCCAUGUCCAUUUUCAGUCCUGCUCCUAAGACUGACCCGCGGCAGGAGGGCGCUGCCGGCAGGGCCGGCUCCGGCAGCCUCACUCAGGUCACCGACCUGGCCCCGUCCCUGCACGACCUCGACAACAUCUUCGACAACUCCGACGAGGAUGAGCUUGGGGCCGUGUCCCCCGCCCUGCGCUCCUCCAAGCUGCCGGCAGCGGGCUCCGAGGAGCGGCCGCUGGGCAAGGACGGCCGGACCGCGGUUCCCUACCCUCCCACUGUGGCAGAUCUUCAAAGGAUGUUCCCAACACCACCCUCUUUAGAACAGCACCCUGCCUUCUCCCCAGUGAUGAGUUACAAAGACGGAAUAAGUUCAGAGACUGUGACUGCCUUGGGAAUGAUGGAGAGUCCUAUGGUCAACAUGGUUCCAACACAGCUGGCUGAGUUUAAAAUGGAGGUGGAGGAUGGAUUAGGUAGCCCUAAACCUGAAGAAAUUAAGGAUUUUUCGUAUGUGCACAAAGUUCCAUCAUUUCAACCUUUUGUGGGCUCUUCCCUGUUUGCUCCACUGAAGAUCCUGCCCAGCCAGUGCCUCCUACCUCUGAAGAUUCCAGAUGCCUGCAUCUUCAGGCCUUCUUGGGCUGUUCCUCCGAAAAUUGAACAACUUCCAUUGCCACCUGCAGCCACUUUCAUCCGAGAUGGCUACAACAACGUGCCCAGCGUGGGCAGCCUGGCGGACCAGGACUACCUGCAGAUGAGCACGCCCCAGAUGAGCACGCCGGUGACGCUCAACAGCGCGGCCCCUGCCAGCAACAGCGGCGCGGGGGUGCUGCCGUCCCCGGCCACGCCGCGCUUCUCGGUGCCCACGCCGCGCACGCCGCGCACGCCCAGGACUCCCCGAGGCGGGGGCACUGCCAGCGGCCAGGGCUCCGUCAAGUACGACAGCACGGACCAGGGCUCCCCCGCCUCCACCCCCUCCACCACGCGGCCGCUCAACUCGGUGGAGCCGGGCACGGUGCAGCCCAUCCCGGAGGCGCACAGCCUGUACGUGACCCUGAUCCUUUCUGACUCCGUGCUCAACAUCUUCAAGGACAGGAACUUCGACAGCUGCUGCAUCUGUGCCUGCAACAUGAACAUCAAGGGUGCCGAUGUGGGGCUGUACAUCCCCGACUCCUCUAACGAGGAUCAGUACCGCUGCACCUGUGGCUUCAGCGCCAUCAUGAACCGCAAGCUCGGCUACAACUCUGGGCUCUUCAUCGAGGAUGAGCUGGAUAUUUUCGGCAAGACCUCGGACAUCGGCCAGGCUGCAGAAAAGCGACUGAUGAUCUGCCAGAGCAACUUGAUCUCGCAGAUGGGAGAGGGAGCCAGGAGGAGCCAGGAGCCUCCCAUGAGCCUCCUGCUGCUGCUGCAGAACCAGCACACGCAGCCCUUCACCUCGCUGAGCUGCCUGGAUUACAUGGCCUCCAACAACCGCCAGACGCUGCCCUGCGUCAACUUGAGCUACGACCGGCUGCAGGCUGACAGCAACGACUCCUGGGUGGAAUGUUUCAAUGCCCUGGAGCAGGGCAGGCAGUAUGUGGACAACCCCACGGGGGGCAAGGUGGACGAAGCCCUCGUCCGAAGUGCCACUGUCCAUUCCUGGCCUCACAGCAACGUGCUGGACAUCAGCAUGCUCUCCUCCCAGGACGUGGUGCGCAUGCUGCUCUCCCUGCAGCCCUUUCUCCAGGACGCCAUCCAGAAGAAGCGGACAGGAAGGACCUGGGAGAACAUCCAGCACGUGCAGGGACCACUCACCUGGCAGCAAUUCCAUAAGAUGGCAGGACGGGGGACCUAUGGCUCUGAGGAAUCUCCUGAGCCUCUCCCGAUCCCGACGCUGCUGGUGGGCUAUGACAAGGACUUCCUGACAAUCUCUCCGUUCUCCCUGCCCUUCUGGGAGAGGCUCCUGCUGGAUCCCUACGGGGGCCAUCGGGAUGUCGCCUACAUCGUGGUGUGUCCGGAAAAUGAGGCCUUGCUCGACGGAGCCAAAACUUUCUUCAGGGACUUGAGUGCUGUAUAUGAGAUGUGCAGACUUGGGCAGCACAAGCCCAUCUGCAAAGUGCUGCGGGACGGGAUCAUGCGGGUGGGCAAGAGCGUGGCGCAGAAGCUGACGGACGAGCUGGUGAGCGAGUGGUUCAGCCAGCCCUGGGGCUCCGAGGACUGUGACAAUCAUUCCAGGCUCAAGCUCUACGCGCAGGUCUGCCGCCAUCACCUCGCACCUUACUUGGCCACCCUGCAGCUGGACAGCAGCCUUCUGCUGCCCCCCAAGUACCAAGCGCCAGCUCCGAGCCAGCCGCAGGCAGCUCCCGGGAGCUCGGGACCCGCUCCCUCCAGCUCCUCCUCGUGUCUCUCGGCCGCCGCUGGGGCCCCUGCCACGGGCAGCUCCUUCAGCUCCACGCCCAGCGCGGGCACCACGAGCCAUCCGGCAGGGAGCGCGUCCUCCUCGGGCUCCUCGGUGCCGCAGCUGUCGGCGUCCUCCGCCACGCCCGGCGCCAGCCAGAUGGGCGCCUCCUCCACGCCGGGCUUCAGCGGCAGCGGCGGCUCGGGGCAGAGCGGCAGCGCCGCGGGAGGCACAGCCGAGCGCUCCAAGGGCAGCGCGGGCCCCGGGGCAGACACCGAGCCGGGCCCCAACCUACCGCAGCAGCAGCAAGAGGGACAGGAAGGCACGUCGGAGCGGGAGCGGAUCGGGAUCCCCACGGAGCCGGACGCUGCGGACAGCAAUGCCUACCCCCCUGCUGUGGUCAUCUACAUGGUGGACCCCUUCACCUACACUGCUGACGAGGAGUCUGCCUCCACCAACUUCUGGCUCCUGAGCCUCAUGAGAUGCUACACAGAAAUGUUGGACAACUUGCCUGAGAAUAUGAGGAAUUCUUUCAUUCUCCAGAUUGUGCCUUGCCAGUACAUGCUGCAGACAAUGAAGGAUGAACAGGUUUUCUACAUUCAGCACUUGAAGUCUCUGGCAUUCUCUGUGUACUGCCAGUGCAGGAGGCCCCUGCCCACACAGAUCCACAUCAAGUCUCUCACAGGCUUUGGGCCAGCUGCCAGCAUUGAGAUGACCCUCAAAAAUCCUGAGAGGCCCAGCCCAAUCCAGCUGUACACACCUCCUUUCAUCCUGGCCCCAAUCAAAGACAAGCAGACAGAGCUAGGAGAGACAUUUGGAGAGGCCAGUCAGAAAUACAACGUGCUCUUUGUGGGGUACUGCCUGUCCCAUGACCAGCGCUGGCUCCUGGCGUCCUGCACCGACCUGCAUGGGGAGCUGCUGGAGACCUGCAUUGUCAACAUCGACCUGCCCAGCAGGUCAAGGAGGAGCAAGUUAUCUGCCCGGAAGAUCGGGCUGCAGAAGCUGUGGGAGUGGUGCGUUGGCAUUGUCCAGAUGACGUCCCUGCCCUGGAGAGUCGUCAUCGGGCGCCUGGGCCGCCUGGGCCACGGGGAGCUGAAAGACUGGAGUAUCCUGCUCGGGGAGUGCUCCCUGCAGACAAUCAGCAAGCAGCUGAAGGAGGUUUGCCGCAUGUGUGGCAUCUCUGCAGCAGAUUCCCCCUCCAUCCUCAGCGCCUGCCUCGUUGCCAUGGAGCCACAGGGAUCAUUCGUGGUGAUGCCAGACGCGGUGACGAUGGGCUCGGUGUUUGGGCGCAGCACGGCGCUGAACCUGCAGUCGUCCCAGCUCAACACCCCCCAGGACGCCUCCUGCACACACAUCCUGGUGUUCCCCACCUCUGCCACCAUCCAGGUGGCACCUGCAAACUACCCCAACGAGGAUGGCUUCAGCCCCACCAACGAUGACAUGUUUGACCUCCCAUUCCCAGAUGACAUGGACAAUGACAUUAGAAUUUUGAUAACAGGGAAUCUUCACUCUUCACCAAAUUCCUCCCCAGUUCCUUCCCCUGGAUCACCAUCUGGCACUGGAGUGGGAUCUCACUACCAUCACAGUAGGAGCCAAGGUGAACGUCUCCUCUCCAGAGAAGCCCCCGAAGAGCUGAAGCAGCAGCCUCUGGCUCUGGGGUACUUUGUGUCGACUGCCAAAGCGGAGAACCUCCCGCAGUGGUUCUGGUCCUCCUGUCCUCAGGCGCAGAACCAGUGUCCCCUCUUCCUGAAGGCCUCUCUCCAUCACCACAUCUCUGUAGCGCAGACAGACGAGCUUCUACCUGCCAGAAAUUCUCAGCGAGUUCCUCACCCCCUUGACUCUAAAACUACAUCAGAUGUCUUGAGGUUCGUGCUGGAGCAGUACAACGCCCUGUCCUGGCUCACGUGUAACCCGGCCACGCAGGACCGCAGCUCCUGCCUGCCCGUACACUUCGUGGUGCUCACCCAGCUCUACAACGCCAUCAUGAACAUCCUGUAGGACACACACAAGCACUUGUUCUUCUGGCUGCUUCUCCCCUCCGCCCGGGAACGUGCCAUGACCUGCAAAGAGCUCCGUUUGCUUCUCUUCAGACCAGUCCUGUGCUGUGCUUCUGUUCCUCCAAAAGCACAUGUGAAUUCUGCAGUGUUCAAAACUAAACUACCCAUUAACAUCUCUGGCAGCUUCAGUCCAAAAUCUGGAAACACCCAAGAACAGUGAACACAGAGUAACCUCAAGCCAAUGUUAAGUUUGGUGGCUCAGUAACUACUGGUCAGCGUGAUUAUUUUUUUAAUAUUUUAUUUUUUUAAGGAAGACUACAGGCUCUUUUUGCAUUAGGAACUGAUAAAGACCCACAAGCAGUGUCAGCCCUCUGAGUAAAAACCACCUUGUAGUGACCAGUUCAGGUGUUUCGUUGUUUGAUCAUUGUAAACUGGGACUUUGCAGGAGGAAAAAAACACAAACACAAAACCACAGAGUUGUAGUCUCGUAUAAAUAUUGGAGUUUUCUGUCUACCUGGAGUUCUGUCAGAGUGGAUUGGGAUGAAUGCAUGCAUUUGUUACCUGUCCAUGUAGAUAUGAAUGGUCUGGAGAUACUUUAUUUAUUUUUACGUUUGGGGAGGGGAGGGAUUAAAUUAUAAAGGACCAGGAACAGUAGAAAUACCUUAAAAAUCCAGCUCCGUUCCACUGUAGGGUUAUUUAUCUACAGAUCUCUCACUCUUCUGACCUGGAAAUCAAAAGAAGCUCAUAACAAUCAAAGUCUGGGAAGGGAAGUGUGUUCUGGUAAGGAUAUAUUGUAUUUUAAGGAAUUCUCCCCUGUGUUUAGCCUGGGUAAAGCAAGGAAUGGCCAGUGUUUAAUGAAGGAUACCACCACCUAAGGGAGAAGAGUGAGAGGAAGGUAGGGAGGAAAAAAUACUUUAAAGCCCAGUUCAGGGCAAGUGGAAAGUGGCAAAUUAUUCUAUUGUAGAGCUAUGACUGAAAUAUAUUUCCAGUAAAUUUAGUGAUGCUAGAAAAGUAUUUACUGAAAGCCAAGUCGCCCUUGAAUUCUGGGCAGACUCGUCCAUGUACAUAUCCAAAAAUGCAGUUUUUGUUUACACUAAAUCAGUCACAAAUCUGGUGUAUUUUUUCUGACUAUAGGAAUAUUAUUUCAAAGAAAUAAUUUUAAAAAAUUAUAUCAUUAAAUUAGUACUUGAAGUUACACCACUGUGGUGGCAAAGUUACUUUGUUUAGUGAAAUGAUCGCCAUUGGGAAGGUUAAUGGCUAAUUGAAGUAUUUUUAUGACUCCUUCAUUCCAGGCUCCCAGGGGUUCCUAUUCCAGCCCCAUUCCCUCAUUUCUGGGGGUGCACUGGGCAGCAGGAGGGGGCCAGGGGCAGGCACUUGGAUCAGGCUGGGUGACCCCCUCCCCUGGCUGUGAAGAAAAACUACCAAGUUUAGAGUUCUUCCAAAAGACUUUCAUGUUCUGGUUAAAAAAAUGAAAUUCUAUGAUUUUAAAAAGUAUUUUUCUUGAGAUGAUGUAACAUUUAAAACAAAUUAUAUAAAAUAAUAAAAGAAAAAAAAAAAAAAGAAUUGCUUGUGUAAUGAGAAGGUGAAGGCAGGAGAGGAACCUGUAAAUGGAUUAUUUCCUUCUCUGCUCCACCCCUCUGUGUGGGUGUCCUCUUUGCAAUGUAUAGGUUAAAAAAAUCUGAUAUCAAACCAUUUGUAUCUAAUGUGUACAGUGUAAAAUUGACUUUAAAAAUAUUGCAGUACUAUUUUUUCUUAAUCAGAAAAGAAAAUUCUCAAGGCCUUUUGAAGAGCAUAAAAAGAUGAAGAUUGUAAACUUGUAUAAAAAAAUUUAACUUGGGGAGGAAAACAAUGUAAAGUAGACAUUUGUAGUCUUUUACCAUUUGGGGGUUAUUUGUUCCCAGGAUUCAUCUGAACUUUGGAUUAUUAUUUUGCUUAUUGUUUUUAAAUGGGCCGUUUUUAUCCAGGGGUGUUUCUUCCCCACAAACCUGGUUCUAAGCAAAAAUUAGAAAUUAAAAAAAGGGCAGCAAGGAGUAGUUUUCAUUUGGUGUCUUUUAUUUAAUUUUUUUAAGUUAAGAGAAGCUGGUGACAUAUUUAUACGUUUUUGUGCAAAAUAAAUGAAUGGCAAUAGAUUUUAAAGAAAAAUCUUAUGUACUUCAGUGUGAGAAGUUCUGUAUAAUAUUUCUCUUAAAUAUGCAUUAUUUUACUUGUGAGUUUUUUACUGAAUUAAUCUGAAAUGUACAAGCCCUGGCUUUCCUACAGAGUGAAGAAAGUUAUUUUUUUUUUUAUUUCUAACUUUGGAAAAUCAUGCCUGAAUCAGAAUUAUUAUUACAGUUGUUGGAGCUAAAGGAAGCGGGAGGGUGGGGAAUGUCCAGCAUGCUUGUAUGUAUAUUUCAGAACCUUUUUUAAAUGUAAAAGCUGUACAUUUCGGGGGAGUUCUGAAUUUCUUUUUUGUUUUCUUUCUUUUUUUUUUUCCUCUGAGCAUUUUGCAGUGAGCUUCUUUUAUAUAUAGCCGACAAUUUGAAAGAAAACAAAAAAAAUAUGUGAAGUUCAUUUUAAAUCUACAGUAUAUCGCUGGUACAAUACACUAAAAAAGACUUUGAUAAAAAGAAACAAUAAUAAUAAAAGACCUCCAUUUUAAAUGUCAUUCAUAUAUACCUUGUGGAUGAGAGCUAUAUACUUUUACACACUUUUUUAGAUGAAUAAAUUAUUGAAUUACUGAAA